AUGUCACUUUAUUUAAUUACAGACGCAUUUCGAAAACUCGGUUCGCCGGAUAUAAAAAAUGAUGAUAUUUAUGAUCGAAUAAGUCGUAAAUAUUCAUUAGUUAUACUUGGUGUUUCAUUUUUAAUUGUCAGCUCAUCACAAUUUAUUGGUAAUCCAAUCAAUUGUUAUACACAAAAUAUGGGUAGCCAUGCUGGUUAUGUUAAUUGGGUUUGUUGGAUCAGUUCAUCAUACUAUUUACCGUUUGACCAACCAUUACCAUCACGUUAUGAAAAACGGCCUGAAAACAUUCCAUAUUAUCAAUGGGUACCAUUUAUCUUACUUUGUAUGAUGUUUCUUUUCUAUAUGCCCGGUUUUAUAUGGCGUAAUCUUAAUAAAGCAUGUGGAAUUAAUACAAAAAUUAUUUCAAAAAUGGUUACUGAUUUAGAUCAAUUAGAUGGAGAAAAACGAGAAAAAGCUGUACGAGGUUUAGCUAAACAUAUUGAUAAAGCAUUAGCUUAUCAUCGAGAAUAUGAAUAUGGUUUAAUGUAUAAUAUUCGUCGACGUGCUGGAUCAAUUCUUUGUUGUACAAUGGGUCGUCAUUCAGGAAAUUAUCUAGCUUUUACAUAUAUUCUAGUUAAAUUACUUUAUAUUGGCAAUGCAAUUGGUCAAUUAUUUCUUUUAAAUGUAUUUAUGGGUCGUGGAUUUAGUCUUAUUGGUUUUGAAGUAAUGAAUCGAUGGUGGAAUAAUCAAGAUCUUGAAGUUGUGGAACGAUUUCCAAGAAUAACAAUGUGUAAAUUUAUUAUUCGUACACUUGGUGAUAAUAUUCAACCAUAUGAUGUUCAAUGUCUUUUACCGAUUAAUAUUUAUAAUGAAAAAAUUUUCAUGAUGAUUUGGUUCUGGCUUGCAUUCGUUGCUAUUACUUCAGUAUAUGGUCUUAUUAAAUGGUUUUAUUAUUUUACAACAAGUGCUCGUAUUAAUUUUGUUCAACGAUUUUUAGAAGCAAAUGAAAUUCGUUAUUAUAAAUCAUCUACACCACGUCUUGUUUUAAAAAAUGAACAUGAUGAUCAUACACCAUACAAACGUGUAGAAGAUUUUGUUGAGAAUUAUUGUCGACAAGAUGGUCUUCUUCUUUUACGUAUUAUUAAAAAAAAUACAAAUAAUGUUAUUGCCGGAGAAGUUAUUUGUGCUCUAUGGGAUAAUUGGAAAGUCUUACCACAAAUACGUUUUAAUACAUCAAUAGAAUCAGAUAAUGGUGGACAAAGUAUUGGUUUAGGUGUUAAAAAUCCAUUGAAACAAAAUAAUAUGGGUGAAGUCAAUGAAAAAUUAUUAUCACCAAUGUAA